GUGAACUGGGGUACUCUUAUGAUAUUGCUCAUCUUCACAGGAUAACUCCCUACUGACUUCAUCGACAUUUCAUUACGCCAUGGACGACACAACUCUCACAGUAGCAACAGCCAUUGCAGGCAAACCUACAGUCUUUACAGAUAAAGUGUUAUAUAUGCGGAGUAAACUCAUACGCACGACUUCAGAUGCCACUCUCAGAGCCCUGCUGGAUGAUCUUCAGACACCCACCUCUCGCAUGCCCCCCGUGAUUACGAGCAGAGAGAGGAAUGAGGUUCUGCAGAAGAACAGUGUGACUGAGGACCAGGUGACCUGCCUGGUUGACAUGGUGCAGAAGAAGGGUGAAAAGGCCUGUGAGAGGUUUCUGAAUCUUCUUAAAGAAAAGGAACCUGGCCUCGAAGAUCAGAGCUUUACGUUGUCCAUGUAUAAGAAGACUAUUACCUCCUUUAUCAACACCGUAAGGGAGAAAAACUCGCAAGUUUCAGAGGACACGUUGCUAACUGACCGCUACACUGAGCUGCUGAUCGUCCAGAGACCCAGAAGGCAGAAGGAGAGAAAGGAAUCGACCACUUCCAAAACGGCAAACUUAUUCAAUGCUAAAGGAAGUAAGGCAUACAAAUGCAUCACUGUGGACCAGUUCUUCAGCCCUGAUGACAAUGGUGAUGAUCCUAAAGCAGUCAUUCUUCAGGGAGAAUCUGGAUAUGGCAAAUCAUUUGCAAUAAAGAAGAUCAUUAUUGACUGGGCAUCAGGAAACCUUUAUCAAGAUCAAUUUGAACUCCUUCUAUACCUGGAUUGUAGAAAGCUGUCUGGAAAGAUGAGUGUGGUGGAUCUUGUAUGCGACUACUCUCACACCACAAAAUAUGCUCCGUUGAUCACACAGAAACUGAAGGAAUCACCAGAUAAAGUGCUCUUCCUCAUAGAUGGAAUUGAUGGCUUUCAAUUCCCAAAGACCAAAAUCAGUGACUCAUUUGUCAAAGACCCUUAUGAACCAGCUCCUGUUGCUGAAGUUCUGAGUUCUCUGCUUAAGGGGCACAUCCUGAAUGAUUGUUUUCUGCUGAUCACCUGCAGGGCCGCUGCUUCAGAUUAUCUGAGCAAGCUGCUCAAAGCCCCUAAGUGUUCCUGUGAGAUUCACGGUUUUUCUGAAAAGGGGAUACAUGAGUACUUCCAAAAGUUUUGUCAAGAUGAGAAGCUCCCUGAGGAUGCAUUUUGCAGUGUGAAGGCAAAUCACACACUCCUCAAUAUCUGCCAAAUUCCAUUCAUCUGCUGGCUUGUCUGCAAAGUUCUAAAGUACAUGAUGGAGGAAAAAAAGAAUGCACUGGAAACCACCACUUCAAUAUUUGUGGAAUAUGUGUCCAAUGUGCUAGGUGAUCAAACUACUCCCCCACUCCCCACUCUGCUAAAGAGUCUGAGUACACUUGCAAAGAGUGGGGAAAAGGAGAAUCGAAUCAUCAAUGAGUUUGAUAAGAAAACUGUGGAAAGACAUUUGAGCAAAGUCUCAGAUCCAGCCAGCCUUCCCUUCCUGCACAAAUUCUACAAGAGUAUGGUGACCCGCCAGAAGGAAAUGUUUAAGUUCAUGCAUUUGAACCUACAGGAGUUUUUUACUGCAUUGUACUACACCUUAGAUGAGAAUCAAGAUCAAGUCAACAGGCUGCUUAGUGAAUAUAAAGACAAAUCCAGUGUCUCACCUGUCAUCAAAUUUCUGUUUGGCCUCUCAAAUAGUGAGGUGAUGAAGAACUUGGAAGGGGAUCUUGCGCUGUCUUGCGGCCCUAAAAUUCGAACACAGCUGGAAGAAUGGAUUCUUCAACUCAUUAAAAACAGUGAAGAAUCACAAAAAACUAACAUGAUGACCCUCAUUCUCCACUGUCUCUAUGAACUGCACGAGGCUGAGUUUGUCGAACAUGCCAUGGGGCUUUGGGGUGAGAUAAAGUUUGACUGCAUUCCCUUGUCGAAGACAGACUGCUGGGUGCUGCGGUACUGCUUGCAGUGCUGCCCGACCUUCAGAGGCUUAGAUCUCACAGAGUGCAACAUUACUGCAGAGAAGCUGAGGAUGCUUCACCCUGUAUUGGGCAAUUGCAAUAACCUGGGGUUAGACGUUGAGAACCUAUCAGAUGCUGAUGUUAGUGAUCUGAUCUCAGCUGUAGGGAAAUGUGAGACUCUGACUAACUUAUGUGUGGAAAAUAGUGAUCUGUCAGAUGAGAGUGUGCAGCAGGUCCUCCGUGCUCUCUCCAACAAGAAGUCUGUCGGUGUUGUUUUGCUCUCAGUGAAGACAAUCACUAAAACCACUGCAGAGAACCUUCUACAGUUCACCCUGGACACAGAGAUUGGACAGCUGGUGGGGGUGUACCUUCCCGAGGAGGCUGAUGGAGCUGAGAGCCUAUGUACUUUUCUUGCAGUUGGAAGAGACAAGGAAGACGAGAACUGUUUGUGGUUGAGGAUGGACCACAAAGGGGAUUUCUCCUUGGAAUCAGAAACCUUAGGACUGGGUCUAAGGUUUUGUCUCCCCGCAAAGUUCACUGACAGUGACAAGCUGUUGAAUGUCGUUGACAUAUUUCAUCAGCAGAAACCUUCAAAAGAGAACAUUCCAGAGUAUGCUCACCGUGCUGUUAUGGAAUCGUUGGUUUCCCUGCCUGGUCUGAAGAAGGUGGAGUUGUGGGUGAGCUGCCUGACUGAGAGCUGGGCCAGCAGCAUUGUGUCCCUCAUCCACAACUGCCCCACUGUAGAGGAAAUCAGCUUGGAAGCUUUGGUAACCGGCGUCAUUGAUGGGGAUUAUGAGGAGGCGGAUGGUUUGUUACUGGAGGAGGGAAUUCGCUUACUGCAGGAGACACAAAAACGCCAGGACUGCACCAUUUCUCUUACAGGGAAGCGAUGCCGUAAAGACACUGACCAGUGCAAUGAGUUUAAGGUCAGGAACCGUGAUUGCAACCACAAGGUGGACAUUACAAUGAAGGGAGAGUCCUAUAAUGAAGAGGAGGCGAAAGAAAAUAGUGAAGAGGAGGGUGAGGAUGAAGUUUAUGAAGAAAGUCAGGAUGAGUGUGAUGAAGAAAGUGAAGAUGGUUGGGAGGUUAAGAACAAGAGUAUGGAGAUGUAUGAUGAAGAGCUGUCAGAAGGGAUUGUCCCAGAUGCUCCAAUCAAGGGCCAUGCUUCAGCCUUGUGUAGUAAUCCAGUCCAGGGCCUUCAUCAAUCACAUGACAAUUCUGUCCAGAAAGAGUAUGAAGAUGACAAUAGUAAAGAAAGAAAAGAGGAGGAGGGUAGAAAGGUGAGCCCAUAUAUGUACAAUGAAGCAGCAGCCUUGCAUCCUUUUCCAGAUAAGGGUCUGGCUUCAGCUUUCUAUCCCAAUCCAGCAUUGUAUCCUCCUACAGUUGAAGACCGUGUUUCAGCCUUGUAUCCUCCUACACUUCAAGAUUGUGUUUCAGCCUUGUAUCCUCCUACACUUCAAGGUCAUCCUCCAGCCUUGUAUCCUCCUACGCUUCAAGGUCAUCCUCCAGCCUGGUAUCCUCCUACAGUUCAAGGUCAUGCCCCAGGCUUGUAUUGUCCUACGCUUCAAGGUCAUGCUCCAGCCUUGUAUCCUCCUACAGUUCAAGGUCAUGCCCCAGGCUUGUAUCCUCCUACAGUUCAAGGUCAUACCCCAGACUUGAAACCUACUGUUCAAGAUCAUAUUUCAGCCUUGUAUCCUCCAACAGUUAAAGGUCAUGUCCCAGCUUCAUAUCCCGAUCCAGCCCAUGAUUCUCUCCCGCUCUAGUAUAUUCUUAAGAGGCACCUUCCAUACACUUACUGUAUGUUGUUAUCUUCUCCAUGUUUGUAUCUAUACACAUUCUUUUUCACUCUAAGUACUGCUUUCUCUAUGUGGUUGUUUCUCUCAUCUGCUUUCUAUGACUUUCAAUUAUAUUCCUUCCCUAUCCUCAUUUUGUUUAUUGAUUAUUCUACCUACAGGUAUACUGUACCAUUUUUCCUCCAUGUCCUCUCGAUCAUGCAUUCUCUACUUUCACUCCUCUCUUUACCCAGAACCUGCCCCACUCUGUCUGACAUCAAUACUUCUCUAUCUUUUCUUUCUUACACUCAUCGUAUGAUCUCUCUUUUUGUCUCAAAUGUCUCUUUAACUCAAAUAUGUGACAAGUAGUUAACCAAUAAUGUUAGGCCUUAAGGCACAAUGAAAGGAGGAGUUAGCCUCGAGUACUGUGUUCAUUACAUU